GCACGGCCGGCUGUGGACGUGGUGGCCCGGGGUCUGCCACGUCGACCUGCGCGACGAUUCCGCGUGAUCACGAAGCGAAGAAGCGCGGAGGAGUGGAGAGCGGCGGCCGUCCGUAGGAGAAGCCGAAGAACGACGACGGGACGCGUCGCCUCGCCAGCGGCGUCCGGUCCUCGUCUCUUCUUCGAUGUGAAGGCCGCUCUGUCAUGGCUGUCGCCCUUCUGGGCAAGUGCGUCGCGCUGCUGGGCCUCGUCCUGCUGCUCUACGCCACCUGCUAUGGCUUCCGGAUUCGCGACUCCGUCGUUCCCACGCAUGGCAGAGUCUGCCCCGACAAAACGACGUACCUGGCUCGAAAGUGGCACGAGAGCGCAGAACCACCUGCCGAGCCGACGUCGGCUGCUUCCAGGAUAGAGAGCGUCGAGGUGGAUGACGACGAGGAGGAGGAAGAGGCGCUGGUGGAAGUGGAAGACGGAGAGGAGGAGGAAGAGGAUAAUGGAUCAGUGGGAGACUCCGAGAGAGAUCUAACGGAUGAGGAGGACGAAGGGGGAACGUCCGACGAGGAUAUCGACAAUGUCGGCGAGAAGAUUCUCGGAAAGGAUUUGAAGAAGCAAAUCGUGAAGGAAAUCAAGACGCAGAUUAAAACCGCAAAAACUGUCAAGUCGGUGAAACACGGUAAAAGCAAAACUGAUGACGACGCUGAGGACGAAGACAGCGAAGAAAAGACAACAAUGAAGACAGAUAAACGAAAAGGCAAGAUAGAACCAGUUAGGGAACAAGUGAGUGCAUCGCACAAGAAACAAGACCAAAGUAAAAUUAAGGUUUCGCAGAGCGACGAUGACAAAGACGACGGCGAGGAAGAUGAAGAAGCUGACACUGAGAAGACUGCUCCCAAGAAGUUGGAGAAAGUGAGAUUGGCGCAUAAAGCAAAGUCGGCUAAAAUUUUACCCAGCAAGCCCGCCGUGGAAAAGCCAAAGCAAGAAGAGAGAAAGCCGGCUGACGUCGCGACUCGGCGUCCAGAAGCCGAGGCCGUGAAAAAGACGAUCGAAGGCACGAAGAAGAAGCCUGAAUCGAUCGAAGGUACGAAGAAACCCGUGGAGAGCGCGAAGAAAUUAUCCGAAGGCACGAAGAAAGCCGUUAAAACGGCCGCUCCUAAGACCGAACCUUCCGCGCCGAAGAUCAGGGAGCAAGCGAAGACACCGCAGAGGGCGGACGUGAAAAAAGCAGGACCAACUUCGAGACCGUCGGUGGAAGUUUCGCGAGCGGAGGAGAAACGAAGAGAGACGAAAGCGAGGAAACACACGGACAUCACAUUGUCCGAGCUGAAUGAUGCAAUUCUGCGCGUACCGACCUUCGUGCCAAAUUUCACGAACGUUGAGGAUCCCGAGUGUCAGCGGCACGGCAAGAUAUUCCUGCGACAAUUGAGAGGUUACAGGUUGUGGGCGCUGCAAAUGCUGGAUUCGAGCGCGAAGAUUCCGUCAGGCUUGUUGCGAGGAAACGUGAAUCAGCUCGGGGAUUACGACCAGUGCUUGGGUGUGUUGGCGCAUGUUAAAGUGGAUGAGAGGACGAUAAGAAUUCAGGGGAAAUAUUGCCUGGCUACCGUGGACCUGCACGCUUCCCAUCCGGAUAUGAAGCUGCCGGUCAAUCUAAUGCAAGCCCGCGCUUUUAUACGAGGCAACAUGCACGACCCCGGUCAUUUCAUCCCGAAAUUCACCACGAUGAAUUGGGCGCUGUGCCUUCCCGCGGCGUGUUCCGCUAAGGACGCCGAGCGCGCGUUAGAAAACGCCUUGAGCGACUACAAUACAACUGUCGGGAUUAAAUUCACGGUGGACGUCGAUCCCGACAUGUGUUACGUUAAGCAAAAGUCCACGAGUUACUCGAAGGAGACGAUCGGCGUCUUAUAUUUUUACGCGAUGAUCAUUUGUCUCGUUAUUAUAGCGACUGUGAGGGAUUACCUCGUGGAGACGCAAGGAAAGGGAAAUUACUCUGAAAGGAUAAUCAUGUCAUUUUCCUUGCGAAGGACGAUUAAAGCCUUAUUGAAGGAAGCGACGGGUGCUGCGGAUAUUACGUGUAUUCACGGAAUAAGAGCGCUGGCUACGAUCGCUCUUUACGUUGCUCACCAGCUUAUAACAAUUUCCCGAAUACCGUUUAGUAACCGUACCUCUCUUACCGAGAUCGCCAACAGCCCGGCCAGUUCUAUUUUGCGAGUAUCGUUGGUUUACACGGACGCUUUCCUGCUGCUGAGCGGCGUUCUCACCGCUUACAAUAUGGCGAACGAGCUGAAGACUCGCGGCGAGAUUCGCUGGUUCUGUCGUUUCACCGCCAGAUUCAUCAGACUUACACCAGCAUUGCUCGCGGUGGUGUUUUGGUACGCUUUCAUCAUGGAACACGUCGGUUCGGGUCCGCAAUGGAACAACAUUGUCGGAGCGAACGCGGAACUGUGCAAGUACAACGCGUGGACGAAUUUGUUGUACGUGCAAAACUUUUUUCCGUUCGAGGAGAUGUGCGCCACACACACGCAUCAGCUGGCUCUGGACAUGCAGCUGUCGCUCUUGGCUCCUAUAUUAGUCUUUUUCCUGCAGUAUAAACCCCUCAUCGGUGUCCUCAUAAUGACCUUCCUCGUCCUUCUAUCCGCUACGCUUCGUUACAUCGCGACGAUGAACAAUUAUCUGUCUCUCGUCAUCUUUCACGGGAUAUCAUUGAAACGCCUCUACAAGACUGCUAAUUUAACUUACGCAUUACCUCUGCACCGGGCCACGCCGUACGUUUUCGGCGUGGGCCUCGGUGCGCUGUUACAUCACACCGGGAAGAACGUCAGGAUCCACAAGGUGUUAGUGAUCUUGGGUUGGUUGAUCGCGACGGCUUUGGGUUCAUGGUCGUUAUUUUCACCCUGGCGUCAGGCCAGACGAGACUAUGUGUACGAUGCUGAAGAAGCCACUCACUAUGCGGUAAUCGGGCCGGUAUUGUGGGCCGUCGCUCUAUGCUGGUCAAUAUUUGCCUGCUUCACGGAGCACGGAGGCGUUAUUAACAGAUUUCUCUCGAGCUAUUGGAUGGUGGUCUUCAGCAGGAUAUCGUACGCCGUCUACUUGACGCAAUUCGCAAUCUUUUUCUACAACGUCGGGACCACGAGAUUCUCCGCGGGAUUUCAAUUUCACAGGGCGAUCGAUCCUCUGGAAGUAGCGACGGUGAUAGCCGCGUCAGUCGUGUUGACGUUACUCCUGGAUCUGCCGAUGCAGGAGGUGAAGAGUGUCAUAAUGGAAAGUACGGACGCUUUGACGCUCGAAACUUCGGAGGAUAAGAAGACAAGCGUCGAGGAUAAAGACGAGCGAGCGGACGUUUCGCGCGGGGAGGACGACUCGAUCGAUUGGCGGAAGGACGCGGAGGAGGAAACGGUGGACGUACCGACGAUGAAGAAGGCGAACGGCAAGCGGAUGCCGUUCGUCGAUCGUGAGACGACGCGCGAUUCCGAGGAGGUGUCGAGCGGAAAGCCGGCGACGAAAAAACCAUCCGGAGAGGGUCCUACCAGGAAGCCGAUGAACGUGACCGACGACUCCGAGGAAGAAACCAUCGAGUUCCUGAGGAGUCAACGGAACAGGCGUUCGUCAUCCCGCAGCAAGGAGAAUAAGAGAUCAGCGUCGAGGGAGAGCGACGACGAGUCGCGUCAGUCCCGGCGAUCCAGAGGCAGGGAAGCGGACGAUUAUCGUUCCUGGGAAUUCGUCGGGAGAGAAGCUCCGUUCUCCCGAGAAAACCAGCCGGAGGUGAGGAGGACGCUCUCCUCCGAGAGAGAGGAGGGGCGAGCGCCGAAGCCCGAGCGCCUUUCGAGCGACGAAGAGGAGUGGGAGCGCGAGCUGCGGAUACGGAGGAAGGAGUUCAUGGAGAAACUGAUCUCCCAGCAGAGCGAGUCGCUGGGCGAGGAGAAGGGCGAGACCGGCGCGGAGCCGUUGAAGCGCAGGUCCUCCGCGGAAGGCAGGAUAGCCUUGCUGAGCGACGAGCUCUCGGCGGAGGACAACAUGGACUCGUGGACCGUCAGCGUCGGGCCGCGGCUCGCGCUCCUCGGGUCCUCUCAGGAGCCGAGUGAGCCCGAGGAUGACGGCAUUUACAUGCGACGGAGGGAGUAUCGCGAGCAGGGCCCGCCGUCGAGGGAGGAGAGCCAAAGCGAGGACGAGAGUAGCCAGGACACCUCGAGGAGGCAGUCCUACAACAGCGGCAGCCAGAAGACCUCCUUGGAAGAGGAGGACGACACGAACAGCUGCAAUUUCGUCCUGACGAGAAGUAGCAAAAGGGAGUCCCUGCAAGAUCUGUCGAAAUUGUCGCAGGAGGAACUGGCGGAUUCCGGCUGGAACGUCGUGAAGAAGGAAGGCGUUGAACUCCUGCCGGUGAAACCGUCAACCGGCUUGUUCAAGCGGGAAUCGAUCGUGAAGAGUCAGGCCAGCGAGGAGGAUCCCGAGUACCUCUUGCCGGAGAGGCCCAAGCUCGUUCAGCAGGAGCGCGAGCACCCGUUCAAGAAGGCCUGGCAGAUGCAGAAGUCCAGGUCGGAGGAAGACGGCUCGUCGGCGUACGCCAUUAAGGAUCCCAAGGAGCCGCCGCCGGUCAAACGCGAAUACAGCGGCGAGCAAUCCGAGGAUAUCGAGUCGUGCGCCGACGACGAGGCUAGCGUCGUAGUGUUGCGAAGUAGAAGCACCGACACGGAGGAUAACAGGACCAGCUCGAAAUCCGGCACGGACGAGACGGACUACAGCAGGGCUGGGCGCGACAGGCAGAGCUCAAAAUCUGAAACCGACGAGGAUUCCUCGAGAUUUAACUGGCCGGGUGAGGAGGAGAGCGAAGAAGAGGAGGUCGCAGGUGGAGUCCGCGGCCGGAGGGACAAGUCGGAGGAAGCGGAUUGGGAUUGGGAGCAGGAGGAAACUUGACGAAAAUGAUUUUAGACAAUUGCACGAGAGUGAUUAUGCCUUACCUUCAAGUUUGCUCGAAGAUGAGGACUCUUCGACGGGGGGAGGCGAUCGAUUUGAAUCGUAGCGCUCGAACGGGCUACGUGUUUGGCGAGGAGGAAUUUUUCUCGAGACGUGAGGAAUAGGAAGAUAUAUGAAGAGAGAAAGGGAGAGAGAGAGAGAGAGAGAGAGAGAGAGACGACCGAGGUUUAUAUUACUCCUUAUAUUGUGAGUUAAUAAAUGAUAAAGAAAAUGUUCUGCACA